UGGCACACACUACUUCUCACAACCUAAUAUCCCCCCUAUGUUCGUACACCAAGAACAACAACAACUGAAGCUUGGUAACAAUGGAAGACGAUAAUCCACCCAAUCAUCUUCACAACCAAACCCAAAUCACCCACCCAAAAAACAAAAAACAAAACACCCAAUCUCAAACACUCUCACAAAUCACAAACCCUAUUUCCAACACAUCAGUUCUAGGGCUUGUUCUAUUAGCCCACACAUUUACAUACGAUCUCACCAAUUUCCCUGAAUCUCUCCUUCUAGAAAUCAUUUCAAGAUUACCCCUCAAGUCAAUUUUCAAAUUCAAAUGUGUCUGCAAACACUGGUUAACCCUAAUAUCCCAACCUUCUUUUUCAAAGUUUUAUUUUAAUGUUACUGCAAACUCAGCUUCUUCGUCUGUACAGUUUAGAAUUCUGUACAGGUAUAUCUAUGUCUCCAAGUUUAAGGAUGUUCUUGACCGGUUUCGACCCGAGGUUUACAAUUCCCACAAGUUUUCUGUGCUGUUUUUGUCUAGUUUUGAGGAGCAGCAGCAGUCUGAUCAGUUUAAGGUUUUGGGUGUGAGUAAUGGGUUGAUCUUGUGUUGUUUGUUGGGGCCUUUGGUUUACUAUGUUUGUGAUCCCGUUACUCGACAGUGGGUUACUUUGCCUAGAGGUAGAGAUAUGUCAGCGAGUACCCACCCGAUAUUUUUCGGAGAGGGGUUUGUUAGUCGGGUUGAUGAGAAUAAUGUUGUUGUCGGGUAUACGGUUGUGAGAGUCGAGUUGUUGAGUUUGCGGACGAAUUAUCUUAGUUUGGAAGCGUUUUCGUCGGAGACUGGGAAAUGGGUUGAUUAUAAGUUGCCUUGUGAGAGUCCGAUUGCGCUUAUGAAGCGCGGUGGAGGUCCGGUUUGUUUUAAUGGGAAUUUUCAUUGGUUUGUUUAUGAUCAUGGGAUGGUUGCGUUUGAUCCGAAUAAAGAACCGAAAUCUUGUCGGCUUAUUCAGUUUCCGGAGGAUAGAGAGGUUGAGACUGAGUAUAAACAUGACGGGCUUUAUCGGUUGUGUGAUGAGUGUCAAGGAAAGCUUCGGUUUUUCGAGGUGGCUUAUGACGUUUGUUCGUUUUAUUGUUUUAGCAUGUGGGAUAUGAAGGAUUACGAGAAGGGUGAAUGGUGUUCCGAGUUUAAGGUGACCCGCAGUGAUCUUUCAUCUUCGGAUCCUGAAUUAAACGGGUGGUUAAUGAAAGCUAAGUUUCUCCCGUUAUCUUUCCACCCGUUUGAUCUCGAUAUUGUUUAUCUAAGGUGUGUGGAGCUUGCUUGUGUUGUAUCAUAUAGUAUUCGAAAUAAAACACUAGAUGUUGUCGCUAAACCUAUCGGUGUCGUUGAUGACCUGUCGUGGCGUGUGGUGAUCCCGUUCGUGAUCCCGAAGUGGCCCACACCGGUUCCUAUUCCACCUGUUCCGAAGAAGGUUGUUAAGCCAAGAGGCGCACAUCGCCUUCGCUCAUGUAGAAUUCAUACUCGGUUCUAGAUUUAUGCGUUUUCAAUUGGUGAGCUUUUCUAAUAAUUGUUGUUUGUUGGUGUUCCGAACCUGCAUAACAGGUUGUAUGCUGUAUUUUUACUAAUAAACCUAUAAACUUACCAUUUCUCGUUGCAAGUGUAAUGUUUAAUCAUUCUAGUUGUAUCAAGUAUGUUGUUGUUUUAAGUGUAACGUUUGUUCUGUUGUAUGUUAUACCGAAUUAAAACGAAUAGGAUGUAAUUGUUUCAUAUU